AUGGCUGAUUUCAGCCUUUGUUUAAUAUGCCAAAAGGAGAAAAGUGAACAGCUUGUACACAAUCCAAGUUCACAUGAAACAUUGUUGAAAUUUGUAGAGGAAUGGGCAAAAUACGGUGAUUUACGAUGUUUUGAUUUGUGGUCAAAACUAAAAUCAGUUUCAAUAAAUGAGUUGACAGAGAGAAAAGCAUCAUGGCACAGAAGCUGCUAUCAGGAAAUUGUGCAUACUGAACUGCUAAAAAGAGCCAAGGAAAGGUAUAUUUAUUGCUCUUGUCAAACAAUGUUCUAGUAUUAAUAAUGUAGAAACUGUAGAGACUAAAUUAAAUGUACCAUGAUUGUCUAAUGGAAGAUCUGAUGAGCAGUAACAUUUACACUCAGGUACGAGAGACAUCUUGAGGGUCCCAACGAGGCAAAAAGAAAAGUCAAAGAGCCUUCGCAGCUUACCCGCUCCCAAACGUCGCCAUAUGACAAAAAUGUGUGUUUCUUUUGUGAGGAGAAAGGGAGUGUUAAACAACCUCUGCACAAUGUUAGCACGUUUUCUGCUGGCGAAUCAUUAAACGAAGCAAUUAACUUAUCAGGAAACGAUGUCUUGGGAGUGAAACUUAGCACAUCCUUGGACGCAACUGAUGCACAUGCCAUUGAUAUAAAAUAUCACAAGAACUGUUGGCUUAAAAACGUUACAAAUGUAAUAAAGAAAGCUUCGGCAUCUGAUAAAUGUAGCUCAGAUUUAGUUAGUGAAGCGGCGGCAAGAAUUGAGUUCCUCGCCAUGACAGAGACAGUAUUAAGAGAAGGAAAGAUCCUUACAAUGUCUGACCUGCAAAGCACUUUUGAAGAAGUGUUAAGAGCAAAUGAUGUUUCUAAUGCAACAUGCAGUCGAAAAGCACUAAAACUUUUACUACUGAGUGAAAUUUCCGACAUCGAGUUUCACAAACCAAAACGACUGAAUGAGGCUGAGAGGGUUACCAUAAAGGAAACUCGAGAGGAAGCCAUUCAGUUGUCUGAAGAUAUCUAGGCUCAAUGUAACAAAGAAAUGAAAGCAUUGUUUGAUGCUGCUGCCGCUCUAAGGAAAGCCAUCAAUAGAUCUAGACGGUGGGAAUUUACUGGGCCACUCGAAGCCCCCAAAGGUGAUAUUGUACCAGAGGAACUUUAUCGGUUUUGCGUAUGGCUUAUUCAAGGUCCAAAAACUGAUACGUUAAAUAAGGAGAAGACAGAAGACGUGAAGAAGCGUGCUAUGAGUUUGUGCCAAACGGCAGUAUCCAUGUGUCUUACAGAGAGGCAGACCAGCAACAAGUCCCUAACACUGCGCCUGUCGAGGGAGAUGCCGCAACAGUUAGCUGUGGGACUGGCCGUGCAUCAGCUUACCCGAAGCAAAGAGCUAGUGAAUAUGCUUCAUGGAUUCGGAAUGGCAGUUGAGUACAACAGGUUGAUGAGAGUGGAAGCUCAGAUAGAGGCUACUGUUCUGAAACGAAUGGAAGAAAAUGGAGGUGUCUACCUUCCGCCUGAUAUCAUCAAGGGGCGCCAUGUAUUUUUUGCUGUGGAUAAUGUAGAUUUUGCUGAAGACACAUAUGAUGGACAGCACACUCUCCAUGGAACUGCUAUGGCAAUCUACCAGAGGAAGGAUCCACAAGAUGAAAAGCAGGAGUUAAGGUAA